CAUCACUGGACUAGUUCGACGCGCCCCAAAAGUUCUUCAACAUCAACUUCGCUCUGUACCAGUCGACACAACACCCAGAAUCAUCACGCCUAGGAUCGCCGAGAUACACAGUACAUAACAGGCAAUCGAGAAAGAAGAAUGGCAUCUACAACACCCUCAUCUGGUCCCUCAGCAACCACCAUAGUCGCUGGCAUCGCAUCCCUCCUUGCCGUCAGCGGCAUUGGCUAUGCAUUCUACUUCGACUACCGACGCCGCAGCGACCCCGAAUUCAGAAAAUAUCUCAAACGCCAGCACAAGAAAGUCGCCAAAGAAGUGAACGAAUCCUCCAAGGCCGCUGAGGAGGAGCAAAAACUGAAGAUCCGGGCUGUUGUCGAUGAAGCAAACGAGGAGGGCUUCCCUCGCGAUCCCGAGGAGACAGAGGCAUACUUCAUGCAGGAGGUCGCACGGGGUGAGGGAAUGUGCCAGGAUGGAAGCGAUCCCGUAGAGGCUGCGCUGUGCUUUUACAAGGCAUUGAAGGUCUACCCACAGCCGAGAGAGUUGAUUAGCAUUUACGACAAGACAGUGCCAAAGCCAAUCCUUGAUAUCCUCGCCGAGAUGAUCGCCGUCGACCCAAGCAUAUCUGUUACUGGUGCGAGCUCGGACGCUGGAGAGUCGGCGAACGUCGAAUAGGCCAAGACGUUCGCUCGCGACUAUUGUAUGCGCCCACGAGGGAGAUGAAGUCGCCUGGGAAGAAUUCAUCUCUGAAUCACUCGUUGUUCUCAGUGAUACAGCAGCAAGAGCUUAGGAAGCAGCUGCUCUCAGCCAGGGCGAUUGCAAUGGGACGGAAGAGACGAUGAUGUGAUGGGACGUGGAUGGUAUGAACGUCAAGGCGCGAGGUGGCAGAUGUGAAUGAAAAGAUACAGUUGAAGGCAUAGCAGCGGCGUUUGCACAGGGAUUUGGACGCGCAUGGCCGCGGCAUUCAGGACCACUCACCUCAUGAGCUUGUGCAGUGUAUAAAAGUUUCUUCAUUGUACACUACAUAUAUUCAGCACUUGGCCAGGCGCUGGCCAAGGAUGUCAUGAAUGGACCAAUGACUGGUGGACCUCAUUUCGGGAGUCAUCCAUUUUCCGCCACACGACAAAGGUAUUGCAAACCAUU